CAGCACGUGGAAAAUCGGGUGGCGCGCCGCUCGCGUUGCGCAGCCCGGCGGCUAGUCGCACGCUGGCCGCUGCCACGGGAGGUCUGCCGUUGCUGCCACCGCUGCUCUGCCAACGUCUCUGCCGCUCCGUCGCGCGUUCGCUUCUUCAUCCCCCUUAUAUCGCAUCCAAUCUCUCUCUCUCUCUCUCUCUCUCUCUCUCUCUCUCUCUCCUCUAUCUAUCUCCUUCUCUCUAUGUCUCUAUCUCCCGAGGCAGCAUUCAAAGGUUAUGUCACAACCGACUAUCGCCGACGACCUAGCCGCUAAAUUCAAACACGCACAGACAAGCCGAGCGUACCUGAUUGAUGUUGCUACAGCGAGCGUAGCGUAAAGCGGCCUAGAGAGUUGGCGGUGUGGGGGUCGCACUUCCAUAGUCGAGAUGAGCUAUGAAGGGGAAGCAGCCGGGCUUACUUCUCGCCGUAGUGCUGCUGCUGCUACCGCUACUCCAGCUGACCAGCGGCCCAGUUCACGCUCUACCUCCGCUCAUCAAAAUUGGUGCGAUUUUCACUCUUGACCAAGCAAACAGCAGCACCGAGGUGGCGUUCAAGUACGCCGUGCACAAGAUCAACAAAGACAGGCUCAUACUGCCGGACACAACGCUAGUCUACGACAUCCAAUACGUGCCUAAGGACGACUCGUUUCACGCGUCCAAGAAAGCCUGCCAGCAGGUGAAAUUCGGCGUACAAGCAAUCUUCGGUCCGUCAGAUCCGAUCCUCGGUCAGCACAUCCAUAGCAUAUGCGACGCGUUGGACAUACCGCACCUGGAGGCCAGGCUGGACCUGGACUCCGAGGCCAAGGAAUUCAGUAUCAAUCUGCACCCAGCACAAAGUCUCCUCAACAACGCUUAUCAAGACGUCAUGGCCUACCUCAACUGGACGCGCGUGGCCAUUGUCUACGAAGACGAUUACGGUUUAGUGAAGCUACGGGAGUUGGUGAGGUCACGGAGAUCGCAGGACAUGGAAAUCUAUCUGCGACAGGUAGAUCUCGAAUCUUACAGGCAGGUCCUGAGCGAGAUCAAAGCCAAGGAAAUUCGCAAUCUCAUCGUCGACACCAAGCCCGGAAAUAUGCAUCAUUUCUUGCGCAUGAUAUUGCAGCUGCAAAUGAACGACUACAACUAUCACUACCUCUUCACUACUUUCGAUAUCGAAACGUUCGAUCUGGAGGACUUCAAGUACAACUUUGUCAACAUCACUGCCUUCCGACUGGUGGACGCCGACGAUGCCGAGGUGCGCGGCGUCCUCAGGGACAUGGAGAAGUUUCACGCGCAAGGCAAUAGCCUGCUCAACAAGUCGCGAAUUAUACAGUCGACAAAUUUUGUCGUUCACGCUCAAUCGGACAUAAAUAAUGGAAUCAUAAAAGUAGUACAGAGAGCAGAGACAAAGCUGCAGGCAGAAGCAGCGCUGAUAUACGAUAGUGUGCAGGUGUUCGCGGUAGGACUGCGUACCCUGGAGCAGUCGCACGCACUUAGGCCGAUGAACAUCUCGUGUGAAUUGGAACAUCCGUGGGACGGUGGACUCUCACUCAUCAACUACAUCAACACGGUGGACAGAAAAGGGAUUUCCGGGCCCAUAGGUUUCAAAGAGGGCCGCCGGAUACAAUUCAAGCUGGACUUGCUCAAGCUUAGGCAGCAGUCGCUGGUCAAAGUAGGCGAGUGGAGGCCAGGUUCAGGAGUCAACAUCACGGACAAGUCGGCAUUCUUCGAGCCCGGCGCCACCAACGUCACCCUCGUGGUCAUCACCAUUCUCGAAACCCCAUACGUGAUGCUACGGAGCAAAGGCAACUUUAGUGGAAAUGAUCGCUACGAGGGCUUUUGCAUCGACCUGCUCAAGGAAAUAGCGCACAUGGUCGGCUUUGCUUAUAGUAUCGAGCUUGUUCCGGAUGGCAAGUACGGCGUCUACGACUACGAGACGGGCGAGUGGAAUGGCAUCGUCAGGCAGCUCAUGGACAAGAAAGCAGAUCUAGCCGUAGGCUCAAUGACGAUCAACUACGCACGCGAGAGCGUGAUAGACUUCACCAAGCCGUUCAUGAACCUCGGUAUCUCGAUCCUCUUCAAGGUGCCGACGAGUCAUCCCGCGCGCCUCUUCUCCUUCAUGAAUCCGCUGGCGAUAGAAAUCUGGCUGUACGUGUUAGCCGCCUACAUCCUCGUCUCGGUGACGAUGUUCGUGGUGGCGCGUUUCUCGCCCUACGAAUGGAACAAUCCGCACCCGUGUCACUCGCAAAACUCGGAUAUCGUGGAGAAUCAAUUCUCCCUGGCCAACAGCUUCUGGUUCACCAUUGGUACGCUCAUGCAGCAGGGCAGCGACCUCAAUCCCAAGGCUACGAGCACGAGGAUCGUCAGCGGGGUCUGGUGGUUUUUCACGCUCAUCAUCAUCUCCUCGUACACGGCCAAUCUCGCGGCUUUCCUCACCGUCGAGCGCAUGAUCACGCCUAUCGAGAAUGCCGAGGAUCUUGCCAGUCAGACUGACAUCUCGUACGGGACGCUCGAGAGUGGCAGUACCAUGACAUUUUUUCGGGAUUCGAUGAUCGAGACUUACAAAAAGAUGUGGCGAUUCAUGGAAAAUAAAAAGCCAUCCGUGUUCGUUCCGACGUAUGAAGAAGGAAUCAAGCGAGUUCUUCAAGGUAAUUAUGCGUUUCUCAUGGAAUCGACGAUGCUCGACUACAUCGUUCAAAGGGACUGCAAUCUCACACAAAUUGGUGGCCAACUAGAUAGCAAAGGUUAUGGAAUAGCAACGCCAAUGGGCUCGCCGUGGAGAGACAAAAUCUCGCUGGCAAUUCUCGAGCUGCAGGAAAAAGGCGAGAUACAAAUUUUAUAUGACAAAUGGUGGAAGAGUCCGAGCGUUACUUGUAUGAGGAACGACAAAGACAAAGGGAGCAAGGCCAACGCGUUGGGUGUUGACAAUAUAGGUGGUAUUUUCGUCGUGCUACUGUGUGGAUUAACGUUCGCCGUGCUGAUCGCCAUUUUCGAGUUCUGCUACAACUCCAAAAGAAACGUAUCCGUUGAACGCCAAAGUAGCCCGCUAGCUCCACCGACGCGUUCAGGCUCUCUACAAGGUCUGCCGGAAAGUACAGUGGCGUCACAGAAUGGUCAGCAGCAGGAGUCUUUGUGCUCGGAAAUGGCCCGUGAGCUGUGUCGAGCGAUACGCUGUCACGCGUCAUCGCGCAGGCGGAAAGCUUGCGAAAAGUGCUCCAGCCAUAUCGUCGGCUAUUCCAUCGACAACACCAUGCCAACGCCGAUCAAUGGGCGGAACAGUUUGGGUCUAGAAAUAUCACCCCACAUCCACAGGCAUCAUCAUUCGCCGGGGCGUCACCACGACUUUGACGACAAUUUGUAACUAAUUUCCGACCAACGACAAAGUUCGUCGUUAGUAGCCCAAUCCAACAACGCUUUGUAUUAUUUUUACCAAAAGAACCACACAGACACAAACACACGUUUUAUAGAAUAUUAUAUCUCUGUAAAUGGCGGCGUUUGUAUAAUGUGCACACUGUUUUAGAACUUAAAGACAGCUGUCGUCAAAAGCAUAGACUUUUGUCAUUUGCACGUGGAAGAUAAGAUAUAUAGCUAUGAAUUUCUACUAUGAGAGAAUAACAAAUGAAAACUGAAUCUCUAGAUGCAAAUUUUAGAUUAUAACUAAUUGUGAUUUUACCAGUUAUUAUCUUCCUGUUGAGUUUCAUUUAGAAUGGUGUUAUAUAUAAAUGAAAAAUGUAUACGUCUGUAUAUAAAUCAAAGAAACUUUGUAUUAUCGGCGAAAACAUUCAGAACCAUUAGUAUUGCUGGAAUGAAACGAAUGUAAAAGAAAAAAAUGGACAAAGUGAAAAAGUAGUUACUCCACGUACGAUUUCAAUGUUUGAUGUCACACAUGCUACCAACGCGUAAAAAGCCUGUACUCGAUGCGAUGCUCAAUGCGCAUCAUUUAGUUUCGGAUGGCGGCACUUUAAUGCAACAAUUUAAAACAUUUUAUUCAUCCUUUUUUUGCAUUGUAUUAUUUACUCUUCAAAAUGGGGUUUACUGCCUCCACAAUAAAAAUGACCUGACUCUCAACUUGCGUUAGUAUUAUAUAUUGUCUUCGGUUGGGCGGAUUUAAGUCCGUAUAAGAUAUAAAAUAUGUAUAUAAAAAGAAAUUACAUUAUCAUAGCCAGCAGUAUUCUUAAGAAUAGUAUUUGUAAAUAUAGAUAUAAUAGAAUGCGUAAGCAGAUGUAAGUUUUCUUUUUUCAACAACUGUUUUGUGUAAUUCCAUUCAGAAAAAUCAGGAACUGAUUUUGGACAAAAAAAUUUCUCCUAUAAUGUUACACUUAUGAAAAUUUUUGUUGAUACGUCUGUACUUUUGCAUUUUGA